AUGAGACUUUUUGGAGAAACAUCAACAAGUAAUAGUAAAACAGAUAAAACACCAUCGAAAGAAAAGAUGGGAUCAUCGUCAUCAAAAUCAUCACACAACUCUGGAACAGCACCAUCGUUUUCAGCACCAACAGCAAUAGACUAUAGAUCGAAACCACUGAUCGAAGAAAUUGGAACGGCAAACAAUGGUGGUAUCGAAGUUUCAAAGAGUAUACUGGAUUUCAAUCUGGGCGAACGUCCAUGUCCACUUAAGGUGGUGGUUCAGGAUCAAUUCACACUGGUCAACCUAAAUAAAUCAAAGAUGAAAUUCAACUUUGAGCCGUCGCUGCCCAAAGAGUUUCAGUUGUCGUUCAGUCCGUCGUCGGGCUCGGUCGACAAGGGCAAGUCAAAGAUCAUCAAGAUUAAGUUGAUCGUCAAUCAAAAGAUCAAUGCAAAUCACAAGGUUGUGCUGCGAGUCGAAGGUGGUGUCAGCCAUUUCCUCACCGUGAAGAUACGUUGCGAAACCGGAGUGUUUGGUGUUGAUCCCGCCACUCUGGAGAUGGUCGAAGACGUCGGAUGUCGCGUGCCAUCGAUUCUCGUCGCAAUGAAGCGUUCACUCAUUGAAUACGGUGGUUUGGAGCAAGAGGGUAUAUUCCGUUUGGCAGGUGAGCAAACUGAAAUCAAGAGAAUCAAAGAAUCGAUGAAUAAGAAUGAAUUCAACUCUAGCAACGAUAUAAAUACUGUAGCAUCAUUAAUUAAGAUUUGGUAUAGAGAAUUACCAACACCAAUAUUAAAUUCAAUUCCAACAGAAAAGAUUUUCCAUUGUAACGAUGUUGAUGAAUGUGUCGAUGCAGUCAACAAACUACCAGAGAUGCAAAAGAAUUUAUUGGAUUGGCUAAUGAAUCUAUUGCUUCAUGUUGCAUCUCAUUCGAAUGUAAAUAAAAUGACACUUCAGAAUUUAGCAAUUGUUGUUGCACCAAAUCUCUAUGAUGUAUCAAGUUCAAAUCCAAUGGAAGGUUUAGUUUUAUCACAAAAAUGUGUACAAUUUCUACACAAUACUAGGACUACUCCUUCUUAA